GCUGUUUAUUGACGUGCGAAGCGACUGCAAAUUUGCAAGAAAAAUACGAAUUUCGCUGAAAGCUUGAGCAAAAAUGAAGGUGAUCUACAAUACUCUGUUCAAGCGUACCUCCGCCUACGCAGUGGCCAUCAUGGCAUCGGCAUUCUUCUUUGAGCGCGCCAUCGAUGUCAGCUCAAACACGAUCUACGACACCAUCAACAAAGGCAAACUCUGGAAGGACAUCAAGGGCAAAUAUGAAUAGAUCGACGCUACUUCAGCACUGCAGUUAGUUUUAAAUAAAACAAUGUUAAAGGGCUCUUAAAAAACAACGUUUAUUGUAAACGGCACGAAUCCCAAAACAAAA